AUGUCAUAUAAAGUUGUUUUCCUUGGUGAAGGUCGUGUUGGAAAAACAUCAAUUGGAAAGCGUUGGGUAGAUGGAUUUUUUGAUCCUUCUAUGCGUUCUACGAUUUCUGCCGCAUUUUUCCAAAAAACAGUGAAUGCCGGCUCAAAGAAAAUCAAUAUACAAUUAUGGGAUACAGCAGGACAAGAAGAAUAUCAUUCUCUCGCUCCAAUUUAUUACAAAGACGCUGUAGCAGCGAUUUUAGUUUAUUCUGUCACCGAUUCUAAAUCAUUUGAGAAAAUGCAACAGUGGAGAAAAGAAUUAGUAAGUUCUCGUGGCGAUAAUAUCAAAAUUAUAUUGUGUGGAAACAAGAUUGAUCUUCCAUCUCAAAGAACUGUCCAAUACGAUCAGGCCGAAGCUAUAGCUAAACAGUAUGGUUGCCCAUACUUCGAAGUUAGUGCUAAGACAGGACAGGGAAUCGAGACAAUGUUCCUUCGUCUCGGAGAAAUCUUAUCUACGAUUCCAUUACAAAAUACGGGACCAACAAGAAGAAGCCAUGCAAGCCUUCAGGUUGUUGAUGCUGAAGAAAAGAAACAAAAAGGUGGUUGUUGCUAA